AUGUAAAUUUCCGAACGACACUGUUGGUAGCUCAGCUUAUACGGUAACGGCAAAAAUUAAAAUCUUGCCCUCUGUUUCUCUCCGGGUUUUUUUGACGAAAUGGAGCUCUCAGUCUCCGCUCCCCUCCGGAGCAGCUCCUCCUUACCUUUACCGAGUAAUAAACCUAAGGUCAGAAUUUCUCCGAGAAAUCUAUUGCCCACGCGGAUUCAUUAUCCAAUCUUCUCUUCAACUCCUAUUCAAAUGGACUCCCAAUCCACUCUCCGCGCCUCCUCAUCCCAAGACAACGGCUCCACCGUUACCUCUUCUCCAAUUGAAUCCGUUGGAAGAGAAGGACGAAUUGGAGAAGUGAAGAGAGUCACCAGAGAGACUAAUGUUUCCGUGAACAUAAACUUGGACGGUACAGGAAUCGCUGAUUCUAGUACCGGAAUUCCAUUUCUCGAUCACAUGUUAGAUCAACUUUCUUCGCAUGGGCUGUUCGAUAUUCAUGUGAAGGCAACUGGUGACAUUCACAUUGAUGAUCAUCACACUAAUGAAGACGUUGCACUUGCUAUUGGAACGGCAUUGCUGCAGGCGCUUGGUGAUAGAAAGGGAAUUAAUCGGUUUGGUGACUUUUCAGCUCCUCUAGAUGAGGCAUUAGUACAUGUUUCCUUGGAUUUAUCUGGACGGCCACAUUUGAGUUAUGAUUUGCAAAUUCCCACUCAAAGAGUUGGAACAUACGACACUCAGUUGGUGGAGCACUUUUUCCAGUCUUUGGUGAAUACUUCUGGCAUGACACUUCACAUUCGGCAGCUUGCUGGAAGAAAUUCUCAUCAUAUUAUUGAAGCAACCUUCAAAGCAUUUGCUAGGGCUCUUCGUCAAGCAACAGAAUAUGACCCUCGCCGUCUUGGGACUGUGCCAAGCUCAAAGGGGGUUCUGUCGAGAGCUUGAUGCAUGUUGAUGAUCAUGCCAAGGAUGGUUUUGUCUGGCCUUCAGGUUUCACCAGUAGUGAAUUCAUGAAUGCAUCAGCGAAACGUACUUUAGUGAUCUCUGCUCGGAAUAAUCUGUCGAGCACAAAUACAAGAUAUGUCGAAGCAAGAAUGAUAAAGAGUUUGCCUCUCUAUAUUAUAGUUUUACCGAACGCUGUUUAGUUAGGGCAACUUGAAGCUGUGAGGAGCACAUUUGCUCAUGACUAGUUUGUAUCAUGUGACAUUAAGAAAUAAAAUUCCAGACGCAUGGAAGAAGUAUUUAUGAACUAUAAA